CUGCGAGACCUCUCAAGGGACCGGAGCAAAGGGGAACCCAUGGAUGGCUCUGCGGAAGGGAGGGGGCUGGAUGUGCUCAAUGACACGAGCAGUGGGAAGAGCUGGGCAGAAGAAGGCAACUCUGAGCUGUCCUUGCGUGUGGUGACAGCUGCCUUACUCUUCCUUCUCAUCCUCUCCACUCUCCUGGGCAACACCCUGGUGUGUGUGGCUGUGGUCAGGUUCAGACACUUGUGCUCCAAGGUCACCAAUGUCUUCGUUGUCUCCUUGGCGGUGUCCGACCUCUUGGUGGCUCUGCUGGUGAUGCCCUGGAAGGCUGCCUCCCAGGUGGCAGGCUACUGGCCCUUUGGGGCUUUCUGUGAGGUCUGGGUGGCUUUUGACAUCAUGUGCUCCACGGCCUCCAUCCUCCACUUGUGCAUCAUCAGCCUGGACCGUUACUGGGCCAUUUCCAACCCCUUCUGCUACCAGAGGAGGAUGAGGCAGCCUGUGGCCUUCAUCACCAUCGCGGUGGCCUGGCUGCUGUCCCUCCUGAUUUCCUUCAUCCCCGUGCAGCUGAGGUGGCACAAGGACCGUGGCUUCCUCAGCCAGCAGGAGCCAGGUGCUCGUGGCCCUGAGGAGGAGGAGAGCUGCGACUCCAGCCUCAGCAGGACCUACGCCAUCUCCUCCUCGCUGGUCAGCUUCUACCUCCCUGUGGCCAUCAUGCUGGGCACCUACGGCUGCCUCUUCCGCACCGCCCGGCGGCAGCUCCGCAGGAUCUCCUCCUUGGAGGGGGCAGCAGGCCGUGCCCAGGGCUGCCAGGCCGCCGGCUCCCCUCAGGAAGCCUCCCUGAAGCGCUCCUUCAAGAAGGAAACCAAGCUCCUUACGACCCUCUCCGUCAUCCUGGGCGUCUUCGUCUUCUGCUGGCUGCCCUUCUUCGUGCUCAACUGCGCGGUGCCCUUCUGCGACCCCCGCCUGGGGGAGCCGGGGCAGUUCCCCUGUGUCAGUGAGGCUGUCUUCAACACCUUUGCCUGGUGUGGCUGGGCCAACUCCUCCCUCAACCCCAUCAUCUACGCCUUCAACGCGGACUUCCGCAGGGCUUUCGCCGCCCUCCUGGGCUGCGGCCGCCCGCGGCCCGGCCGCGCCGCGGAGAGGGUGGCCCUCAGCACCGAGCCGGCCUCCUACCGCCGCGACACCACCUGCCAGAAGGAGGUGGUGGCCCUCGGCUGCCCCCAGCUGCUCCCCCACGCUGCUCUGCCCCUGGAAAGCAGUGAGGUGUCCUUUGAGAGGGAAUCGCAGGUCUCUGAGCCCUCUGGCCGCAGGGUGGUGCAGGUGGAGUGCGAGGAGGCUGCCUCCCUGGAGAGGGUCACAGCCCUGCCCAGCUGA